AUGAUACCAACAAUAGACGAAUUGUUGCUGGGAGAGUAUCCUUUCUUCUUCAACUCUUCAGAAAAAGACUUCGAACUAAAUAGAAUCAAGGCAAAGAAAGUCAGGAAUGACUUGAAACUGAAAAAAAUCCAACUGUCCCUACCACCAGUCGCCACCAUCAACAUCACCACCACCUCUCCUCCUCCUCCUGCUCACCAGACAGACAAAACACCACAAUCCAAUCAAAAUAAUACCACCAAUGACGCCCCAGAAAUAAUCACAUCCACCCCAAAACAACAAGUAUCAACCCCCUCAGUGGCAAAGAAAUGGUCAGAAAUUGGCAAAGCAAAAAACAAACCCCAUUACAACCCCAAAAAACCCUCAGACAAUAAUGAUGAUGAUGAUAAUAAUAAUAAAAAUAAUAAUAAUGAUGAUGAUGACGACGACCAUAAUGUGAAUAACAUCACAGAUAAAAUCCCCCCAACCAUAGUACCGGCAUCUGUACCUCCGCCAUUACCCACAGUCGCGACAAUCGAACCACUUUCACUAGUGCUCAUUCGGAUAUUGUUCCAAUCAAACUUUGUCCCCACCACCAACCCUGCCAUUAGGCCUCGCGGGCUCGUCAACACCGGAAACAUUUGUUUUAUGUCGUCGAUUCUUCAAGCACUCUUGUUUUGCUCUCCAUUCUACAAUAUCCUCAAAACCAUCGAGAAAAAAGCUCAAGGAACCUCAUUGAGCCGUACCGCGUCGUCGACCCCCCUCUUGGACGCAAUUUUAGACUUCAUCGACGAAUUCAACCCUAAUAAUCACAAGCCGGAAGUCUCGUCCAAUAAACUGCUGCAGUCUAAUAAUAAUAAUAAGUCCGCCGCCCCACCAAACAAACAGAAUGACUUCGGUUCGCCGUUGAACCCAGAACAUUUUUACGCCGCCAUCAGUAAACACCCAAGAUUCCAACACUUGCGCUGGGGCCAACAAGAAGAUGCCGAAGAGUUUUUAGGAUACUUCCUCGAUGGGUUACACGAAGAGUUCUCAUCGGCGCUCAAAAACAUCAAAACCGAAGAUAAAGAUCGAUUAUUGGCCACCAUCAAGAGCCCAUCGGUGAAAUCAUUAAUCAACAAUACUUUGGACUCGUUCAAUAACGGCGAUAACAACGUUUCUUCUACCACCACCACCGAAAACGAUAACAACCUCACCAACGCCACCACCAGCUCCGAAUGGCAAGAAGUGGGGUCGUCAAGCAAGAAAAAUAAAACCGUCGCCAAAAGAGUAGUAGAAGUGAAAACUACCCCGAUCACCCACCUUUUUGGCGGGCAAUUCCGCUCAGAAUUGGAAGUCCCAAGAUCAAAAGAGGCCAGAUCAGUGACUUUGGACCCUUUCCAACACGUCCAAUUGGAUAUCAGUGAUGGAAAAGUCCAUUCUUUGGAAACCGCGUUCAGCAUGCUUUCUGAGCCAGAAGAUAUCUCUUAUAAAUCGACGGCUGACCAAAAGGACAUCAUUGCUAAAAAGCAAACUUUCAUUGAUAAACUUCCAAAAAUACUUGUGAUCCAUUUGAAACGUUUCUCCUACGUUUCAUUAUCGUCUCCUUACAAUAGUACUGGUCCUGCGUUAUCGUCGUCGUUAUCUUCUUCAUCAUCAUCGUCGUCGUCGUCGUCGUCAUUAGCCAAUGGAUUCAUCGAUGAUGGGUUUCAAAUGCCUGGUCAUGUUGAGAAAUUGAAGAAACGGGUAUCAUAUUCCCACAGGCUUGAAAUCCCAUCUCAAUGUCUUUCUAAGGCUUUGAAGAUGAAUACCAACGUUUCCAAGAAAUACAAGCUUACCGGAGUGGUAUACCAUCAUGGAUCAAGCACCGAUGUUGGGCAUUACACCGUGGACGUGCUUCGUUCGGAUAAAAACUCAUGGAUCAGGUUCGAUGACACAAAAGUCGAGUCCAUUAGUAAUGAAGAAGUUAUCUCCGGAGAUAAAGAAGAUGCUAAAAGUGCGUAUAUUUUGAUGUAUGAACGUGUUUAA